ACGUUAAUAUAUAAAAGCCUUGGUUACAAUCACUGUUCAUUAGUGACCUCCACUCUCUUCUUUGUGACUGGGCAAUCUCCAAACCAUUGCCUUCAUUCGCCCACGUGCCUAGCUUCCCCUCUCACACAAAUGCCCACUCCUCCUUAUUACCCCACUCGCCAAUAAAAGACCUUUGGAUCCAGCCUUUCUCCAUCAGUUACUCAUCAAAACUCUGAUUUCCAGGAAACAAUUCAUUAGUUCUCAACAAAGGAUCCUCGCCACUUUACCUUCUCUUCCUUCUUCUGAUUUCUCUCCUGCCAUAAGCAACCUUCUGCUUCAUCUUAUCUUCUCCUCCAUACCACACAAACUCUCCCUUUUGUUCGUCGGUUCAGAACCUCUCUCCCCUUUCCAUCUACUUCCGAUGACUCUUUCCCCAAUCCCCACACACUAUCUUGCCGCUUCGCCGACCCGAGAUCCACGGAAUCCCACCAGAACCUUCUGUUUAGAGAAAAUCCUCCCAUACCCUACACACUCUCGGCAGAAUACUGCCUUCCCUCUCCUGCAUCGUUUCAAUUGCCCUCUCCCAAAGCUCGAUUCUGAACCCCCGUGCUUCGUUUGGCCGUUACCCCACCAAAACUGUAGUUGCCUUUCAAUCGACCACUUUUCAGCUAAUGCCCCGCAACGGCGUGACGGGAAGGAGAGUAGUUGAUGUAGAGGAAGAAGUUGAGGUGGAGAACGCGGCGGCGGCGGAGGUACAUCGAUCGCUCUCGCCCUUUUCGGCAAAAACCCAGGAAAGCUAUGGACAACACUCUACUCGAUCUCCCAAAGCUGAAGCGCCACAUCUACGCUGUCUUCUUCUGCCUCAAAAUCGGUCUCAACCUCUACAUCCAGCUCUCUUCAAAUUCAUUUACUUUGUACAAUUGGAAUCUGUCGUCGAGAGAUUAAUUGCAUAUGAAGUAACGAGCAAAACUUAGAUUGAAAAGAAAGGUUCAAUUUGGUUGUAUCAUUCUGAUGUACUCAGAGAUUGGGGAGGACAGACGGACCAGCAUAAUUUUAUGCAGAUUGGGGAGGAUACGUAAAGAGGGAUAGGUACCCUUUUCCUUUUUUUACUUGGUUAUUCAUUUCAUCUGAUGUUCAUUUAAGUUUCGAACUAUGUAGUUUCUUUUCUUUCUUGGAAAGUAUCCGCCAUAGAGGAAGCAUACAGGACAUUCGAUUAAUAAUGGUUCUAAUUACAACAGAGGCAUGAACUACUUGGGAUUUGUUUGUACUAAAAGCAUUAAAAAUAUGAAGCUAGAGGACAUCAUUUGAUUGACAUAAAAAUAUCAUGUUAAGUAUAGGCCAAGCCAUUACAGCUAUAUUAGCGAAUCAACAUAUUUUAAGUUUGUCAUUAAUUGGAGAAUGCUACGAAUGUUUUCCCAGGAUCUCAAUUGACUGUGUUAAUAUGUUGAAAUUUUAAUACAGAGAAGCACCGGAACUGAUUGUGCUUACCAAAAAGGACAUUUGCUUCCUAUUAAUGCUGCCUUCUGAUUGUUUUGUUGUUUUGUUUGUUAAUUAAUUCUAUAAACUGGAAUGCUGCAAUUUUACAAGUUUGGUGCAAGCUACCAAGAAGAGAAUUAGACACCCUUACAACUUAAACAAUAAUUAGAUCCGGUGUAUACACUGUGGAAGAUUUAUGUGCCAUGACAGGAAGGUGAAGAGUAGGAAUAAAAAUUAAUUAACGCUAACAAAAAAAUACUGAUAAGACUCUUACUUUUUUCCUAUGCUGCAGUACAGGCCUCCCAAGGCACCAACAAGGUCCCAAGCCUUGCAGCCUCAAUCUGUGAAGUUCUUGGGUUGGUUCGUUAGCUUUUCUUUUUCAAUGUUGAAUGUUAGGUGAAUGUUAUGAGGGGAUGUCCCAUGUAUCAUUCAAUAGUUGCUACCAAGUAGUGGACUGUUCCAUCUAAUUAAGGUUUCUUGGUGCAACUGUCAGUUUUAACUGUGGGGCUCUUA